AUGGCACAGCCAAAUCAUACUAUUAAGGAUUUGUAUAGUGCAAUUAAGACGAUCAGUAACUAUUUUGGAGAGGAGGAGGAAAAAAAUGGAGCAAUAUCUCUAAAAUAUAAAGAAGAAAUCCACAAUUAUUGUCAUUACGAGAGUAACUCAGGAGAUGGUAAAUGUAGUGAUUAUUUUCAAAUGACUAGUUCUGGUGUUAUUCAUUUGCUAAAAUCGUUAGAGAAGUAUGGUUUAGAAAAUGAUAAACUUGCCGAAUACGCUAUUUUAUGGUUAAGUUAUAAACUAAAUAUAAAGACAAAUAAUAAUUUUACCAAUUUAAACGAAUUUUAUACUAGUUAUAUAGAAACAAAUAAUUAUUAUAAUGAGAAAAUAAAAAAUAAUGGUAGUACGACUUAUAAGGAUAUUAUAAAUAGAAAAAAAGAUUUGAUGGAUAAUAAUGAAAUAUCUAAAUUUGAUGCCCCAUUUAAUAUAUUAUAUUUUUUGUAUUAUGAAAUUAGUGAUGAACUUCCGGAUUGCGAUACAAAUUUGAGUUUUGCUAAAAUGUUUUCUGAUGAUUUUGAAAAACUCAAUAAAGAUUCUAAUAAUAUAGAAAACAGUUCAUAUAAUAAAUUGUUAUCUACAUUAUCAGAUGAUUAUAACAAUUUAAUAAAUAAAUGCCCCAAAUUUCCAUCUCUUACAGAAUUAACCCCUAAAAAAAGUUCUACACAAAAUCCUGCAGAAAAAUCUGUAAAAGAUUCUGGACAAACAUUGGGGAAGACUCCUGAAGGUACAUUAUCAAGUUCGUCGAUAUUAAACACAGUAAUUCCAGGUUUGUCGACAUUUGCAAUACCGGUUUUCUUGGGAGUUGCUUAUAAGACAAUAUAUAAGAAAAAAAAUAAAAAAAGUAAAGAAGAAAAUGAAACAUAA